AUGUGGAGAGUAGUGGUAGCCCGCUCGGACGAGAACAGCACGUUGCUGUCCUCGGAGAUCGCUUCCGGUCCCGUUGGUUCCGGUCACAUUCCGAGCCUGCCCGGAGCUCCUUCCGGUCAUCACUGGGGCUACCCGCCCCCGCCGCAUCCGUCUUACCAGCCGCAGCAUCCCGACAUGCGUCAUCACCACGACAUGCGGCCGCCCCACGAUCUCCGACAUCCCACCGGCCCGGACCCCAGGGUGCAAGAAGUCGCGAGGCACGACGCGCUCAGGCCGGAUCUCAGGCACCCUGAGAUGCAGAGGCACCAGGACUUGCACAGAGCCGAGAUGCAGAGGCACCAGGACAUCAGGCAUCAAGAGAUGACGGGCAUGAGGCCGGACAUUGCUCCGGAGAUCAGGCCGGGACACGAGUUCACCGAUCUGAAGAUCGACGUCGCGGAUAUGAGGAGUCAGGAACAACCUCAACAACAGCAACAGCAGCAGCAACAGCAGCAGCAGCAGCAGUCGUCGCAGCAAGGGCAAAGUCAUCAGCAGAGGAACUUGAAGAGAGCCAUGAGCGACUCCGACUGCGACGACGUCUUCUCGGAAGAGAGCGGCAAGGAACCUUGCAACUCGCCCGGAGGCGAUUCCUGUCAGCACGCGUCGCGGAAGCGCAGGCGGGGGAUGAUCGAGAAGAAACGUCGCGACAGGAUAAACGCGUCCCUCGGCGAGCUGCGGAGAUUGGUACCCGCAGCGGCGAGAGACCCGCACAGCGGCAAACUGGAGAAGGCGGAAAUCCUGCAGCUGACCGUCGAGCAUCUACGAACGCUUCGGAACAAAGGACCGGAGGGGUACGACAGCACGAAGCUCGCCAUGGACUACCACGCCGUCGGAUGGGGCGAGUGCGCCGCAGAAGUGGGCCGGUACCUCGUCACCAUGGAGGGUCUCGACGAGAGGGAUCCCCUGAGAUUGCGACUGCUCUCUCACCUGCAGAGCUUCCACCGGGAGCACGCACCGGGCCCGGGCCCCGGCCACGGCCCCGUGGCCUCCACCGUUCCCCCGCCGACGUCCCUGACGUCCACGUCGUCGACGAGCAGCUACGAGCCGGCCAGCACCGUUUCCGCGGGGAUGCCGGCUGGAGCUGGCAGCAUGCCGCCCCUUUUGGGCGGCGGAGCGCUCGGGUGGAGCCAGUACCCUGGACAGUAUCCUCAGCAGCAGCACGGCAAACCGUACAGGCCUUGGGGGGCCGAGCUGGCCUAUUGA